AUGCCAGAUCUGCGCAGGAAAAAAACAUUGCCUAUUGUACGAGAUGUGACCUUGGCUGCUCGAAAGUCUGGACUCUCUCUGGCAAUGAUGAUCAGGACCUCACUGAACAAUGAAGAACUGAAAAUGCAUGUCUUCAAGAAGACCUUGCAGGCAUUGAUCUACCCCAUGUCCUCCACCACUCCCCACAAUUUUGAGGUCUGGACGGCUACAACACCCACCUACUGUUAUGAAUGUGAAGGGCUUCUGUGGGGCAUUGCCCGGCAAGGCAUGAAGUGUUUGGAGUGCGGAGUGAAGUGCCAUGAAAAGUGUCAGGACCUCCUAAAUGCUGACUGUUUGCAAAGAGCAGCAGAAAAGAGUUCUAAACAUGGAGCUGAAGACAAGACUCAAACUAUUAUUAUGGCUAUGAAAGAAAGAAUGAAGAUCAGGGAAAAAAACAGGCCAGAGGUGUUUGAAGUUAUUCAGGAAAUGUUUCAUAUUUCUAAAGAAGAUUUUGUGCAAUACACUAAGGCUGCCAAACAGAGUGUACUGGAUGGGACAUCUAAGUGGUCAGCAAAAAUAACUAUAACAGUGGUCUCUGCCCAAGGCUUGCAGGCAAAAGACAAAACUGGAUCUAGUGAUCCAUAUGUUACAGUUCAAGUUGGAAAGAAUAAAAGAAGAACCAAAACCAUUUUUGGAAAUUUGAAUCCAGUAUGGGAUGAGAAAUUUUACUUUGAGUGUCAUAACUCCACAGAUCGAAUCAAAGUAAGAGUGUGGGAUGAAGAUGAUGACAUUAAAUCCAGAGUCAAGCAACAUUUCAAAAAGGAAUCAGAUGACUUUCUAGGACAAACAAUUGUAGAAGUGAGGACACUCAGUGGAGAAAUGGAUGUUUGGUACAACUUAGAGAAACGGACAGAUAAGUCAGCUGUAUCUGGGGCCAUUCGAUUGAAAAUCAAUGUGGAAAUAAAGGGUGAAGAGAAGGUUGCUCCAUAUCACAUACAGUAUACAUGUUUACAUGAGAAUCUGUUCCAUUACAUGACUGAAGUAAAAUCUAAUGGUGGAGUGAAAAUCCCAGAGGUCAAAGGGGAUGAAGCAUGGAAGGUUUUCUUUGAUGAUGCAUCCCAAGAAAUAGUUGAUGAAUUUGCCAUGCGUUAUGGGAUUGAAACCAUUUAUCAAGCCAUGACGCACUUUUCUUGUUUGUCUUCUAAGUACAUGUGUCCUGGUGUCCCCGCUGUCAUGAGCACCUUGCUGGCAAAUAUAAAUGCUUUCUACGCUCACACAACAGUUUCAACAAAUGUGCAGCUUUCUGCCUCAGAUCGCUUUGCUGCUACCAACUUUGGAAGGGAAAAAUUUAUAAAACUACUGGACCAGUUGCAUAACUCACUAAGGAUUGAUCUGUCAAAAUACAGGGAAAACUUUCCUGCCAGCAAUGCUGAAAGACUUCAAGACCUGAAAUCAACUGUUGACCUUCUAACAAGUAUUGCCUUUUUCAGGAUGAAGGUUUUGGAGCUGCAAAAUCCCCCCAAGGCCAGCAUGGUGGUGAAGGAUUGUGUCAGAGCUUGUCUGGACUCCACAUAUAAAUAUAUUUUUGACAAUUGUUAUGAACUCUAUUCUCAGCUAAUAGACCCGAGCAAAAAACAGGACAUUCCCCGAGAAGAUCAGGGACCAACUAUCAAGAAUUUGGAUUUUUGGCCCCAACUUAUUACACUAAUGGUCACUAUCAUCGAUGAGGACAAAACUGCCUAUACACCUGUCUUGAAUCAGUUUCCUCAAGAACUGAACAUGGGAAAAAUCAGUGCUGAAAUCAUGUGGGCCCUUUUUGCUCAGGAUAUGAAAUAUGCACUAGAAGAACAUGAAAAGCAUCAGUUAUGCAAGAGCACUGAUUACAUGAAUCUGCAUUUCAAAGUGAAAUGGUUUUAUAAUGAAUAUGUGCGAGAACUUCCUGCCUUCAAGGAAGCUGUUCCUGAAUACUCCUUGUGGUUUGAGCCUUUUGUCAUGCAAUGGCUAGAUGAAAAUGAAGAUGUGUCAAUGGACUUCCUUCAUGGAGCACUGGGAAGGGACAAAAAAGAUGGGUUCCAGCAGACUUCUGACCAUGCCCUCUUCUCCUGUUCUGUGGUUGAUGUCUUCACUCAGCUUAAUCAGAGCUUUGAAAUUAUCAAAAAACUUGAAUGCCCUAACCCUGAAGCAUUAUCUCACUUAAUGAGAAGAUUUGCAAAGACUAUCAAUAAAGUGCUGCUUCAGUAUGCUGCAAUUUUAUCAAGUGAUUUCAGUUCUUAUUGUGAUAAAGAAAAUGUGCCUUGUAUAUUGAUGAACAAUAUCCAACAAUUGCGAGUCCAACUGGAAAAAAUGUUCGAAUCCAUGGGAGGCAAAGAGAAGAAGGAAGGAGAAAGAUUCUUUUAUGAGCUAGAUCCUGAAGCUAGUACUAUUCUCAAAGAACUUCAAAUUAAACUCAGUGGGGUUCUGGAUGAGCUCAGCAUUACUUAUGGUGAAAGUUUCCAGCUAAUCAUUGAAGAAUGUAUAAAGCAGAUGAACUUUGAACUAAACCAAAUGAGAACAAAUGGAAACACUGCAUCUAACAAGAACAGUGCAGCAAUGGAUGCAGAGAUCGUUUUAAGACCUCUUAUGGACUUCUUAGACAAAACAUUAAGCCUCUCAGCAAAAAUCUGUGAGAAAACAGUUCUAAAGCGAGUUUUGAAAGAGCUGUGGAAACUGGUCCUUAACAAAAUAGAAAAGCAAAUUGUUCUUCCACCUCUGACAGACCAAACAGGACCCCAGAUGAUUUUCAUAGCAGCUAAAGAUCUUGGCCAAUUAUCCAAACUGAAGGAACAUAUGAUUGGAGAGGAUGCUAAGGGUCUGACACCCAGGCAGUGUGCUAUAAUGGAGGUGGUACUGGCUACCAUUAAGCAAUAUUUCCAUGCAGGAGGAAAUGGCCUGAAAAAGAACUUCUUGGAAAAGAGCCCAGAUCUUCAGUCCCUGAGAUAUGCUCUCAGUCUUUAUACUCAAACUACUGAUGCCUUGAUAAAGAAAUUCAUAGACACUCAAACAACCCAGAGUCGCUCUUCCAAAAAUUCUGUGGGUCAGAUAUCUGUUCAUGUGGACAUCACUGCUAUACCAGGAACUGGAGAACAUAAAGUCAUUGUGAAAGUGAUUGCUAUCAAUGACCUAAACUGGCAGACAACAACCAUGUUCCGCCCCUUUGUGGAAGUUUGCAUACUGGGACCUAACCUUGGAGACAAGAAGAGAAAACAAGGCACAAAGACGAAGAGCAACACAUGGUCACCAAAGUAUAAUGAAACAUUUCAGUUCAUUCUGGGUAAUGAAAACCAUCCAGGAUCCUAUGAACUGCAUCUCUCCGUGAAAGAUUACUGCUUUGCUCGAGAAGAUCGAAUUAUUGGAAUGACAGUUAUUCAGCUACAGAACAUCGCUGAAAAGAAGAGCUAUGGAGCAUGGUAUCCUCUUUUGAAAAAUGUCUCUAUGGAUGAAACUGGUUUGACUAUUCUUAGAAUACUUUCGCAAAGAACCAGUGAUGACGUGGCUAAAGAAUUUGUUAGACUUAAAUCCGAAAUGAGAUCUGUUGAAGAGAAUGCUUGAAACCAAUACUGCAAGGAACCAUCUUCAAGAGUAAACACUUUGACUAUUGCAUGCAUGUGCAAAUAUACGGGAAUGUUUUUUUCACUGUGUUUCAGUGUUUGCCAGUACUCAAGUACAAUGUAUACAAGGUAUGUGAAAAUCUGACAAACUUUUAUACCAAUUCUGGUCCCUGGAAAACAAAUGUUCCAUGAAGUGCCAAAAUUAUUAUAUCAAGUAUAAUAUCUAUUUUGAAAGAUUUGUUUUAUUCACUACCACGUUCUCCUCUACUAAGUUGGUUGAAAAUCACUCUUUUGAGUUUGUUAGUUGUCUCUGUUAAACUCAUUGACAUUGCCAUAGCUCAGAGUUCUGUUUGUUUCUCAAAUUCUAUUUUAUUUAGUCUUACCUUCUUGUAGAUGUCUUACAAAACCUUUUUCUAUCAUAAGAGAACUGCAGUUACAUCUAGAAAGAGUUUGUAAUUUUAUAGUAGCCGAUAUAUUGUGAUGAAUUUUGCAUACAAAUUAAAAAUAGUCAAGAUAGAAAUAUUUUAUGCUAACCAUUUUUCAGCCUUUCUGAAAUAUCACUGUGAAGAUAUGCUAUUAAAGCAAACUUAUACAAAGCAAUGCUAAAUAGUUUGUUAACAAUGUUUGAUAUACGACGAUUUUUGUUCUUUAAAACUGCCAUAAUCACUGCAUUUGAAAAAUAAAAUAACAAAUUGAUGCACUUGUCAUCUAACAUGUGUCUUGACCUUACUGAAUUUCAUACGUUAGCUCAUAUGAUCAGAAGUUUAGAAAGAAUAUGGCAGGUUUAAUUCUUAAAAUUACCUAUGAUGAGCAUGUGCAUUGUCUUUUUUCCUGAGAGUUAUAACUAUAUCCUAAUUUACUUAAUUCUAUAAUCAGUUAAACCCUUUUUCUUUUAAAAAUAUUCAGCAAUUUAUACUGAAUGCAUCAUAACUAUCUAUUGCACUGGAGCAAAAAAGUCAUGUCUUCAUCUAUGUAGUAAAAUUUAUGUAAAAUAAAGCCUGAGAAAUUGCUUACAGUUUUCAAACUUAGGGUAUUUAUAACCUAAUGAUUCAUUUGACUCAAUAGAAAAACAAUAAGGCACAAAAUAUGUCUAGAUUGGUUGCUGAAUAUGAUAUGGUUUAUGAAUAUUUGUAUCUUCUGUACUUUAUGACUUGACAUUUUAUAGCCUUAUAUAAAUAUUUGGCUAUAUAUAGAACAGUACUUUGUCAUAACUAUUAGUAGACAGUACAAAUGCAGGAACAAGAGCCCAUUCUGUAAACAAGUUAGUAAGAUGUGGUAAGAAGGAAAAUGAAUACUAUCACAACUUUGAGAAGCAUUCUGUGUUCCUAGGUACAAAAGUGUAUUUUAGUGAGUACCACUAAUUCAUGUUAAAAUGUUAGGAAAUUGCUUUGUUAAUGACUUCUCCAAUGCAAUCCUUUGGCAUAAGCAUUAAUUAAUAAAUGGUUGUAACUGAGCACAUGAAAUACUUUCUUGUUGUACCUUCUACUUUUUUAUUUUAAUGAUGCAUGAACAUUUCAUUAUUUACAAAUAAAAACUCCAGGAACACUUCUCAA